ACGCAAACAAAAGCUAUGGCUUUCAGAUUCAGGCCCUUCGGGCUUAGCAGACAGAUAUUUUCUGCUCCUUCUACAUUAAACGCUACCAGACAAUGCCGCGCUCCGGCUGGGCGCUCAUAUUCGACCUCCGAUCGCCUUCCGAAGAUCGCAGACACGUCAGUAUGGACGGCAAUGAUUCCCCGAUUUCUUCGGGGUGGUAGAGCGCGCAAGGAUCCUGCGAAAGAGAAAUCUAAAGAAUGGAACCCCGCGACGUUCUACAUCAUCAUGUUCACUCUGAUCGGCUCGCAGGCCAUUCGCAUGCUCACUUUGAAGAACGGCUAUGCGGCGUAUACUCGGACGACGGAUGCGAAGAUCGAGCUUCUAGCGGAGAUUAUUACACGAGUCAAGAAUGGGGAGAAGGUCGAUGUGGAGAAGUUGCUUGGAACGGGCGAUGAGGUGAAGGAACGAGAGUGGGAUGAGGUACUGCGCGAGAUUGAAGCCGAGGAUUCCCUAUGGCAUGAGAAGAAGACCGCCCAGUCGCAAACAGAGAAACGCCAGGAGCCCGAGAAAGAACAAAAGCAACCCACACAGCCUUCGGAAGAAAAAGCCACAGAUGAGGUUGUUAAGACAGAGUCGACACGAAAGCUUAGAUUCUAUUGAAUGGGGACUCAAUUUGAUCUUCAUCAAGAACGAGCCUCUGGUCUUGAGGCUCGGUCAUGUGCGGGAUAUACGCCAUCACAUUGGGCCACUGCCGUCUCAAUGAUGUCGAAUUGGUCUUCUAGAUCACGAUAGGAUUUCCUUCUAUCCAUGACAAUUGGGUCAAGCAUUGCCCACACACAUGGACCCUGUCCAUGACCGAUAUAUCCUCGAGGAUAUACAUGUAACAUCACCUGUACAGGAAAUCUUUCCUCAGGAGUAGAUUCCGAUACCCUUUUGCGAGCUUGCGUGCUUCAUGUACAUAUUUUCCCGAAC